AUGGACGCCGUCCACGUCGAUGGCGCUAGAAAGGCACCAGGCGAUUGGUCGCCCGAUGCCUGCCGCACCGUCGCUGCCGAGCUCACCAACACGCUCGACCUUGGUGCUAAUCGUCAACUGGUCGUAGAGGCGCUCGUCUUCAUCCACUUCUCCGUUUAUACUUUCGCUGAAAGACUGCGUCGACGUCAAGGUCGCAGAUUCCAUCAAUCGCCUCGCCACUUUCUCAGCUUCAUCGAGUACUAUGUCCAGGUCUCCAACCAGAAACGCGACGAACUCGAGGACCAGCAGCGCUUCUUGCUCGUCGGUCUCGAUAAGCUCCGGUCUACUGUAGACCAAGUCGAGGAGCUCCAGAAAAGCCUCGCCGUCAAACGCACUCAACUCGAAGCAAAGAAUGCACAGGCCAACAACAAACUUCAGAGCAUGGUCAAGGACCAGCAAGAGGCAGAACAGAAGCGCGCCGCCUCCAUCCAGAUUCAAGCCGCCCUAGCCAACCAGGAGGAACAGAUUGGUCAACGUCGACAAGUAGUCAUGGCAGAUCUUGCGGAUGCAGAACCUGCCGUUCAAGACGCUCAGGCUAGCGUCAGCAACAUUAAAAAGCAGCACCUCACCGAAGUCCGUUCGAUGGGCAAUCCUCCAUUGCCAGUCAAGAAUGCCAUGGAGUCAGUAUGCAUCAUCCUCGGUCACAAGAUCGAAUCGUGGAAGACCGUCCAGGCGAUCAUACGCAGAGACGAUUUCAUCGCAUCCAUCGUCAAUUUCGACACGGAUCGUCAAAUGACUCGCCAGAUCCGCGAAAAGAUGAUCCGCGACUACCUCUCCAAACCCGAGUACAACUUCGAGACCAUCAAUCGUGCCAGUAAGGCGUGCGGUCCCCUUGCCAAAUGGGUCAUUGCUCAGGUCCGCUUCUCCGAGAUCCUUGACAAGGUCGGCCCGCUUCGCGACGAGGUCCAGUCGCUCGAACAGCAAGCAGAAGACACCAAACUUCAAGCCAGCGAGAUUGUCGAUAUGAUUGCAGAGCUCGAAAACAGCAUCGCUACCUACAAGGACGAGUAUGCUGCGCUCAUCAGCGAAACACAGGCGAUCAAAUCCGAGAUGGAGCGCGUCCAGAACCGCGUCUCUCGCUCCAUGCAGCUCCUCGACAGCCUCUCGUCUGAAAAGCAGCGUUGGGAGACGGGAAGCCGCACCUUUGACGACCAGAUGAGUACCAUCAUUGGCGACGCCCUCCUCUCGGCCUCCAUGCUCGCCUACGCCGGCUACUUUGAUCAGCAGUAUCGCGAGUCCAUGUGGCAGUACUGGUCUGACCACCUUCGUCAAGCCGAGAUCAAGUUCAAGCCAGAGCUCUCCUUUGCCGACUAUCUCUCCACCGCAGACGAGCGUCUCGAAUGGCAGGCCAAAUCGCUCCCAGCCGAUACGCUCUGUACCGAAAACGCCAUCAUGCUAAAGCGUUGGAACCGCUAUCCGCUCAUCAUCGACCCCUCAGGCCAGGCUGUCGAGUUUCUGCUCAACGAAUACAAGGUGCAGAAGCUCACCGUUACCAGCUUCCUCGACGAGGCCUUCCUCAAGGCUCUCGAGAGUUCGCUGCGCUUCGGCAACCCGCUCCUCAUUCAAGACGUCGAGUAUCUCGAUCCCAUCCUGAAUCCCGUCCUCAACAAGGAGCUUCGUCGGACCGGCGGUCGUGUCCUAAUCCGCCUCGGCAGCCAGGAUAUCGACUUUUCGCCCUCGUUCAACAUGUUCCUUACCACCCGUGACCCCUCGGUCGAGUUUUCGCCAGACAUUUGCAGUCGCGUCACCUUCGUCAACUUCACCAUGACACGCAGCAGCUUGCAGAGUCAGUCCCUCGAUCAAGUGCUCAAAGUCGAACGCCCCGACACCGAUCGCAAGCGCACCGAUCUUAUGAAGCUUCAGGGCGAGUUCCGGCUGCGACUCAGGCAUCUUGAACGUUCGCUUCUCACCGCACUCAACGAGUCAGAGGGCAACAUCCUGGACGACGACAAGGUCAUCGACACGCUCGAGACGCUCAAAAAGGAAGCCGCCGAGGUGACAUCCAAGGUGGAAGAGACCGACGCCAUCAUGCACGAGGUCGACCAAGUUACUGCCGAAUACGUCCCGCUCGCAAAGGCGUGCAGCUCCGUCUUCUUCGUGCUCGACCAACUGCACCUUAUCUCGCACUUCUACCAAUUUUCGCUCCGCUUCUUCCUCGAUAUAUUCGACUAUGUCCUGCGUCGUAACCCGCAUCUCGACGGCGUCACCGACCCAAAGCAGAGGCUCGACAUUCUCAUGCGCGACCUGUUUCUCGUUGUCUUUCACAGGACAAGCAAGGCGCUCGCGCACCACGACCACGUCAUGCUUGCCAUGCUCCUCGCUCAGAUCAAAGCACGCGAGCAGGGCCACGCUGAGACGCUCGACAGCGACGAGUACGAGUUCUUGCUCGAAGGAGGUAAUGUGAUAGCUGCGGCUGCGGCUGCGAGCGGAUCCGAGGGAGGAGCCGCACAGGGCAGCAAUGCGACACAGCGUCGAGGAGACGGUGAAGUCGAGGCCAUGCUCGAUGAGGAGCAGCUUGCCCGCGUGCAAGUGUUCAAACGCCUCGCCUUCUUCCGCACGUUCGAAGAGCAUAUGGAAUCCAACCCGAGCAAAUGGCUCGCCUUCCUCAGCUCCAACAGCCCCGAAACAACAGUGCCCGUGUUCUGGUCUCAGGACGAGCAUGUGGACGGCUUGACAGAUCAAGUGCGCAAAAUGCUCGUCGUCAAGUGCUUGCGACCUGACCGCAUCGUCCAGGCCAUGGCUGCCUUCACUUCGCGCAUCUUCGGGCAGGACGUGCUCGGUGACCCCGGGUACGAGUUGGGCCAAAUUGUCGCCGAGGAGGUAGAUGCCAGCACGCCUAUCGCGCUCUGCUCCGUGCCCGGCUACGACGCCAGCUACAGAGUCGACCAUCUGGUCAAGCUCGUUGGCGCGCGAUGCACACCUGUUGCCAUGGGCUCGCAGGAAGGUUUCGCGCUGGCGGACCAUGCCAUCACGUCAGCGGCACGCACAGGCAACUGGGUGCUGCUGAAGAAUGUCCACCUCGCACCCAGCUGGCUAUCGCAACUCGAAAAGAAGAUGCACGGUCUUAACCCCAACCGCAACUUCCGCCUCUUCCUCACCUGCGAGACUUCACCUUCGAUUCCGGUCAACUUUUUGCGCGCCUCGCGCAUCCUCAUGAACGAGCCGCCGCCGGGCAUCCGUGCCAGCAUGCUCGACAGCCUCAAGAGCAUCGCACCUGGUCGACUGCAGCGCGGACCCGCUGAAACGCCCAGGCUGUACUUUUUGCUGGCUUUCUUCCACGCUACGCUCACGGAGCGACUGCGCUACACGCCGCUGGGCUGGUCCAAGUCGUUCGAAUUCAACGACUCGGACGCCGAAGCCGCACUCGACAUCAUCGAAGGGUGGGUUGUGCAGGUCGCCAAGGGGAGAGCCAACGUGGAUCCGCAGCAGCUGCCGUGGGACGCAAUCCGAUCGCUUCUCAAGCAGAGCGUAUACGGUGGCAAGAUUGACAAUGCGCCCGAUCAGACGUUGCUCGACUCGUUUGUCGAUGAGCUGUUUUGCGCAAAGGCGUACGAUGUUGAUUUCCAGCUCGUCAAAGACGAGAAAGACCCACUCGUGGCUCCGGAGGGAACCAAGAUGGAGACGUUCAUUAGCUGGGUGCAGGCGCUUCCGGAGCAGCAGCCACCGCAGUGGCUGGCGCUGCCGCCUAGUGCUGAAAAGGUGAUUGCUGCAGCACAGGGUACGGCGCUGCUCAACAAGUUGGUCAAGAUGAAACAGCUAGCGGACGACGAUGACGACGAGACUGUUGGCCACGAUCGAAGUGGCAGUGGCAGUGGCGACGGCAACGGCAACGGCGCUGGAGGCCCGCAACAGGUGACUUCACAACCAGCAGCGUCGAGUUCGGCCUCGGUGCAGCCCGGUUGGAUGAAGGCUUUGCGUGCCAAUGCGCUGCAAUGGCUCUCUCUGCUGCCCACCAGCGUGCCGUCCUUUGGCAGCGAAACCGGGUCUGUUCAAGAUCCGCUGUAUCGCUUCUGGGCACGAGAAUACCGCACCGGCUCUUCGCUGCUUGCCACCGUGCGCAAGGAUCUGCUCGAAGUAGUUGCAGUCUGCGAUGGCAAUUCGCGGCAGACGAACCACAACCGAGCGUUGCUCACCGACCUGCCGAAAGCCGUGAUCCCACAGUCGUGGCGUCGGUACGCAGUGCCCAAGUCGAUGACGCUGGCGGCAUGGAUCGUCGAUCUGCGAGCGCGGCUGGACCAGUUGGAGCGCAUCACGCGAGAAUCGAGCGAAUUCGGAGCGGCUGCAGGCGCCGGCGGAGGGUACGACAUGGUCGAGGUAAUCCUGGGCCUGCUCUUCUCACCAGGAGCGUACCUGACUGCGACGAGGCAGAGCGUGGCGCAUGCGUCCAAGGUAUCGCUCGAGAAUCUGUCGCUGAGAUUGCUCAUCAAUGAUCCGAAAGCCGGAUUGGAGGCGGGCAAGUUUGCUAUUCGCGGGUUGAAGCUUCAGGGCGCCAAUUGGGACGCGGAAGGCAAGAAGAUCAAGCUCAACGACGGUGGCGUGACAAAUCUGGGUUUGACGGCGUUGGUUUGGGAUGAACAGGUAGAGGGAAGGAAGGGCGAGACUGCGGGGCAGGGGGAAGUGAGAAUCAGCGUCUAUUUGAACGAGGAUCGAAGUCAGGCAUUGUUUGCCACGUCGUUGGCUGUGGACAGCGGCGUUCAAGCUUCGACGGUGGCUCAGCGAGCGAUUGCUUUGCGUGCUUCGUGA